CAUAGUUUUUGUUGUCUCAUUCUCUAUAUUUCUCCUUCAUUCCUCAAAUCCGAAGUCCGAGUUCUUCUUCUUCUUCUCUAUCUUUCUGCUUAAGUCUUGUUCUCCUUGCGAAUCUCUGUGGAUUCUGGGAUAACCCAUUGAUGGUUUUCUAGCAGAGAGCCAGAUUCUAGGGUUAAAUUUCGAGUUUUGUUUUAGAAAAACCCCUGAUUUUUGGCUGUUCAAUCUGUUGUGUAUGAUCUGAUUGAUUAGGGAGCGUUCUUUUGCGUCGGAAGAGUGUGGCAAUGUCUGAUGACUUGGUGAUGCAUCUAUCCUCUAACUCCUCCAAUCAGUCGGACCACUCGUUGCCCGACAAAAUCGCCAAGCUAGAAGCUCGCAUGACGGGAAGAGGCUCCUCCGCUUCCAUGACGGCGAAGCCUACGCCGCAGCCGCAGCUCCCCGUUUGGUCUCCGACUUCCUCCGCCGUCAAAUUCGCUGCGGCGAGCUUGUCGGAGAACUCAGUCAGUGAUUCAGAUGACGAGAGCACAGGCGAUUUCCUAAUCCGAGCCAAUACCCAAAAGCGCCAGAAAAUUCAAGAAUCUAAUCACUCCGGAGCUUUUGAUCGUGCUGAGUCUGAAGAGACUGCUGUUGGUGGAGGGCAAAAGUCUGCUGAAAUAACUGAGACCAAGAUGGGUCUUGAUGUAAGUAAGAAGAAACAAGGUCGUGGUCGGGGUUCCACAUCUGGCAGAGGACGCGGUUCUAAAACUAAUACCGAUGUGACAAAAUGUCACCCGUCAGCUUCACUUGUGCCUGCUGCAAAUGGCCACCUCGAUGUUUCUGGUCGAAAGGAUUCUAGGCCAGAUAGACAAUCAUUUAAUGGUGACCAAACUCAGCUGGAGGAGGAGUUGUCAUCUUUGCAUGGAAAAGUUGCAAUGCUGGAGGAGGAAUUACGUAGAUCUCGACAAGAGGCAUCUGAGUAUCAAACCCUUUCCAGGCAACUGGAGAAAGAAUUAAAAGAUGUUAAAGAUCAAGAACAACUGAGGAAACAAAAGCGAACUAAAGUAAUCUCUGAUCUACUUAUAUCUGUCUCCAAAGUUGAGAGACAAGAAGCGAGGAUGAAAGUAAAACAGGAUUCUCUGCGGUUAGGCAGUGUUGGUGUGCUGAGGGCGGGAACCAUCAUAUCUGAGACGUGGGAGGAUGGUCAAAUGUUGAAAGAUCUGAAUGCUAAUCUUAGGCAACUACUAGAAACUAAGGAGGCUAUUGAACGACAAAGAAAGUCGCUUAAAAAACGACAAACCGAUAAGGGUGACAGGACUGAUACAGAAUCAGGAGCACAGGAGGAAGAUUAUCUCAUCCAGGACGAGAUUUACAAGUCUCAUUUGGCUAGUAUUAAGCGUGAAGAGGAAGUAAUUCUGAGAGAGAGAGACAGGUAUGAGCUGGAGAAGGGACGACUUAUACGGGAGAUGAAACGAAUAAGAGAUGAAGAUGGUUCUCGUUUCAACAACUUUCCAGUUCUGAAUGGCCGAUAUGCACUUCUAAAUCUUCUUGGCAAAGGCGGGUUUAGUGAAGUUUAUAAGCAGGCAUAUGACUUGGUGGAUCACAGAUAUGUUGCAUGCAAGCUUCACGGGCUGAAUGUUCAGUGGAGCGAAGAGAAGAAGCAAAGUUAUAUCCGGCAUGCCAUCAGAGAGUACAAUAUCCAUAAAACUCUCGUCCAUCGCCACAUUGUUCAGCUUCGGGAUAUUUUUGAAAUCGACCAGAAUACUUUCUGCACUGUUCUAGAAUACUGUAGUGGAAAAGAUCUUGAUGCUGUUUUAAAGGCAACACCCGUCCUUCCUGAGAAAGAAGCCAGGAUUAUCAUCGUUCAAAUAGUUCAGGGUCUUAUAUAUCUAAACAAAAGAUCACAAAAGAUAAUCCACUAUGAUCUGAAGCCUGGAAAUGUUCUGUUCGACGAGUUUGGUGUAGCAAAAGUGACUGAUUUUGGUCUUAGCAAGAUAAUGGAGGAUGACGUUGGUUCUCAAGGGAUGGAGCUUACAUCUCAGGGUGCUGGAACAUACUGGUACUUGCCACCAGAAUGCUUUGAGCUUAGCAAAACACCUAUGAUCUCAUCAAAGGUCGAUGUAUGGUCGGUUGGUAUUCUGUUUUACCAAAUGCUAUUCGGCAAGCGCCCUUUUGGGCAUGACCAAAGCCAAGAACGGAUAUUACGGGAAGAAACCAUCGUCAAAGCAAGAAAGGUGGAAUUCCCUGCAAGACCUGCUGUCUCAAAUGAAGCAAAGGAACUGAUCCGGCGGUGUCUAACAUAUAACCAAGCAGAUAGACCAGAUGUUCUAACAAUGGCACAGGAUCCGUAUCUUACCUACACAAAGAAAUGAGAAUAUACAGAGAGAGAGAGAGAGUCAAAAGGGCCGGUCACACCAGGUAAUUCAAUGUUCACAUGGCAUUUAAUCUAAAAAAAAAAUCCUUUUUUUUUGUAUAUGACGUAAAGGCCAUUGUAACUAGGUGACUUGGCCUUUAGUUUUGAUAAAUCUCUUUCGAUUGAUCGUUUGUUAUGUGCCAUGUCCAUAUGGCAUCUAUACAGAAAGUAUUCAAGUUACUUUGUUUUAACACAAUAAAGUGGUUUCACUCUAUAGAAUUACCGUUGAAGCAGGUGUGAAGUACUUUUCUGUAAGCACAC